GAACACUUUCCGGAUCCAUUGCCAAAUACAGUGGAUCUCCUAGACUAUUGUGGGAGAUGUUGGACGGUUAGGACGAAGAGAAGAGGAGAGAGCGUGUUUCUAACUGUUGGCUGGGAGAAUUUUGUAAAGGACAACGAGCUUGAAGACGGGAAGAUGAUGAACUUCAUCUAUGACUGCAACCGAACCUUUCAUGUUAUCAUAUUUGGUCAUGACAGCGUUAGCGAGCACAGAGACUUUCCUCGAGCAGUAGUAGAUGUUAGUGACUACGAAACCGGCGAAGAAGAAGAAGAGUAACUGAAAUUUGAGACUGUAUCAUCCAAGUAGGGAGAAGAAGCAAAUGCCUGCUCUCUUUAAAGUCAGUUUUAUCAGUUUGUUUUAUUUGAGUCGAUGUAACAAAUAUUUGGGCCCUUGGCUCACUGGUAAUAGCCAGUAACAAUUGCACUCUCAUGCUUUUUAAAUAGAAAAUCUUUAAUCAAAAAAAAAAAACUAGAUGUUUAGGUUGUUUAUAAUCUUUAACGAACAUUCUUUAGUUGUCUGCUUUAAAUCUGUGUUUUUAUAACAUGGAUCAAAAGACUAGUCAUGUCAGUGCUAUUUGUAUUUCAGACGAGUGUUAAAAAAGUGUGUGCCUGUUUGGUAGUAGCGUAUGUUGCAUACUCGGUCCGAAGGAGAAGGUUAGCUUUUGUCACGUGACAGGAAGGAUGUAUUUGUUAGAAAUAAUAAAUGUUAACCCAAAUUGAACAUUAUUCAAAAGUUACGGGGCGUUUUUGAAAAACAAAAGUUUUCACGGCUAAAAGCAAGUGUGUUAAUUCUCUCUUGUCUGUUACUAGCCCCGGCGUUUGGCGGCGGAAAGUGCAAUCCUUGGGUCGCCGGAUAAAGAAAAAAAUGAAGAGAGGAAAGUAUACUUGCAACACGAGAUCUGAAACCCUAGAAUGGAUCACAUCAAUCAUUGAGUUCCUAAAACCCUUCUCUUUCAUAAUCAAUGCCCACGUUGUCAAUUUCUUCAAGGAUAAGCAAUGGGAAGAUGUUGAUGAGGAAUGGGUGAGCUGCUUGAGGAAUGAGAAGCCGGAAAACAUUCUUCUUAUUCCCUCCGGUAGUAUCCAGGAUCACUGGCCUGCUUCACUCAAGGAGUUUGUUCACACACUAAGGUCUCUAUCCUUUCCUAGAGCGCAAGCGAUACUAGCAGAUGUGAAUGUGGAACCACUUGGCACUGUUCUUUCACAGGGCAUGAAUCUGAAGAAAAAACAUGAGGUUGAAGUUCUUUCCUCUGUUGUCAGCUCAGUUGUUAACAGCGUUGGAGAAUCUACUGUUGUUGAUGUCGGUUCUGGCCAGGGUUAUCUAGCGCAGGUUCUUUCUUUCCAGUAUAAGCAUCCAGUUGUUGCGAUUGAUUCAUCCUCUCAUCAUGGGAACGUAACUGAUGCACGAGCAUCACGCAUAAGCAAACAUUUUGCUUCACAAAUGCGUAAAUCUGGUUCAGGAAACAAGUGCCCAGAUGCUCCAAAGACGAUUACAUGCCGUGUACUAUCCGCAGAGAUGUUGAAAUCCUUAACCAAUGUUCCUCUGGAGGAAAACGACUUGAAUAUAAUAAAUGCAACUGCAUUGAAUGAAGAAGGUCCAAGGAGUUCACAAUCGUCAAGUGGUGCAAACAGACCGUGUUCACUUGUUCUUGCUGGCCUCCAUGCAUGUGGAGAUCUGUCUGUUACAAUGCUAAGGACAUUUAUGGAGUGCGAAGAAGUUAAAGCUGUGGUGAGCAUUGGCUGCUGUUACAACUUAUUAUCUGAAAAGACUACUAGUGAGGAUUCUUGUUCCAAAUGUGGGUUUCCGAUGAGCGCUGGUCUCAAGUCUUUGGGCUUUUCGCUUGGCAAAAAUGCACGUGAUCUAGCUUGUCAGAGUGCUGAGAGAUGGAGCAGCUUGGGAGAAGAUGCUGGUUUGCAGAACUUCGAGUUGCAUUCUUUUCGUGCUGCUUUCCAAAUGGUUCUUUCGAAGCAUUAUCCAGAGGUUUUGGCGACGAGUCCCUCUAUUGGACGCCAAGGGAAGGCCUUCCGUCGUCAAAAGCAAAGAAAAGCUCUUGAAACUCCAGCAAAAGUAGAUACAAGUAGGAAAGACACCGAUGACAAGAAAUCUAGGACGCAUACAGGUUCAGAUUCCACUAGUUAUUCUUCUUUUGAGAAGUUCUGCCUGUCGGCAUUUUCCCGCCUGAAUCUAGAACAUCCUCAAGAUCUCGACCUGAGUGCCACAUGGAAUGAAGCUGAUGCAUUCACGGAACUGAUAGGGCCUUACUGGUCUAUACGAGCUGCAUUGGGACCAGUGCUUGAGACAUUGAUCUUGCUUGAUAGACUUAUGUUUCUCCAAGAACAAGGAGAGUCCGUUGAGGUUACAAUGCUUCCCAUUUUCGAUCCAACCAUCUCACCUAGGAACGUCGCCAUCAUUGCUAAAAGGCUUUGACCGUAAAAAGCUUAUUGAGCAGUUAAGAGAAAUUCACCUGAAGUGUCUACUAGGACCAUUUCUUCCUUGUUGUUCGUGUUGUACAAGAAACAAACUAGGGAAUGUAUUAAGGUUUCUUUUGACUUCUCCACCGUUGUUACUUUGAAAACUCCGGUUUGUUUUUUCUUAAAUCAUUGUUUAUGCC